CCAGCGAGGAUGUUGAUGGAUCGAGGCUUUCUCCGAAAGGGAAGGGAGUGGGAGAGGGCGAGAGGCAGUCAAAGCUGGCAAUUUUCUCUCUUCCACGCCCUUGCUCGGGUUUAAAUGGGCAUCUGAUCCCUCUGAGCUCGCCCUUAAUAAGUCCUCUCGGCUCACACCGGAGAAAGCUGAGAUCUUUCGGGUCCUUCGGGUGGGAGAGUGGGGAAAGGUGAUGCUUUGGGGACAAUGGCGGCGAGCUCACCUUGCCUGGCCACGGAGAGGAAGCACUGGUGGCUGAUCAACAGGAAGGUAGUCGACAAGAACCUCCGAGAAGCCCGAGCUCUCAUAACGACGCAAGAGCAGUCCAAUGUGUCGACGGCGGUGGGCCUCCUCGACGCCGCCCUCGCUCUCUCCCCGCGCCUCGAGGCCGCCCUCGAGCUCAAAGCCCGCUCCCUCCUCUUCCUCCGCCGCUUCCGCGAGGUCGCCGACAUGCUCCAGGACUAUAUCCCGAGCUACAAGGGAGGAGGCGGCGGCGGCGGCGGGGGGGACGACGGCUCCACUUCCUCCCUCGGCGCCGGCGACCACUCCUUGACGGCCUCCUCCGCGCCGCUCCCCCGGGAGCGCGCCAACCUCCUCUCCCCCGGCCGCGAGAGGUCCGACGGCGACCACUCCUUCCGCUGCUUCUCCGUCUCCGACCUCAAGCGCCGGCUCUUGGCCGGCCUCUCCAGGAGCUCCUACAGGGAGGGCGAGUGGAGGUAUUUGGUGCUCGGCCACGCUUGCUGCCACCUCGGCAUGAUGGAGGACGCCAUGGUUCUGCUCCAGACCAGCCGCCGCCUCGCCUCCGCCGCCUCCCGCCGCGAGUCCGUCUGCUGGUCCGACGACAGCUUCGGUCCCUCCGCGGGGGAGGACGGCUGCUCUGCUGCCCCGCCGUUUUCCGACUCGGAGUCGGCCUCCCAGCUUCUUGCUCACGUGAAGCUCAUCCUACGGCGGCGCGCCGCCGCGGUGGCGGCGCUGGAUGCCAGCCUCCCUGCUGAGGCCGUUCGCCACUUCACCAAGGUCCUCGACACCCGGCGCGGACUCCCUGGCAGCUUCGCGGCCGGCUGCCUCGUGGGCCGCGCCGCCGCUUAUCGCGCGACGGGCCGCCUUGCGGACGCCAUCGCCGACUGCAACCGCGCCCUCGCCGUCGACCCCUCCAUCCCCGCCCUCCGGGCCCGCGCCGACCUCCUCGAGGCCGUCGGCGCCCUCCCGGAUUGCCUCCACGACCUCGAGCACUUGAAGCUCCUCUACGACGCCAUCCUCCGCGACCGCAAGCUUCCAGGGCCACCGUGGCGUCCCCACCGCGACAUCCGGUACGGCGACAUUCCCGCCAACCUUCACACGCUCGCUGCGCGGAUUCAGAAGCUCCGGGGCCGCAUCGCGGCCGGCGAGGGGAACAACGUGGAUUAUUACUCGCUGAUCGGCGUUCCUAAAGGGUGCAGGCGGCCGGAGUUGGAGCGGGCGCACUUGUUGUUGACGCUGAAGCAUAAGCCGGAGAAGGCAGUGGGGUUCGUGGACCGGUUGGAGUUCGCGGACGACCACCGAGAUUUGGACGCGAUCCGGGAUCAGGCGAGGAUGUCUGCCUCAAUCCUUUACAGGAUGAUGCAGAAGGGAUAUGCCAGUAUCAUGGCGGCGGUCAUGGAGGCGGAGGCAACAGAGAAACAGAGGGCAAAAGUGGCAGCCGCCAAUGCAGCGAUUCAAGCCUCAACAGUGAAGACGGCUGAGAAGGUGAAUGCAGCGAGGAACGAAUCUGUUUUAGGAUCAGAUAAGGCAGCAGUGGCAGCAUCCGCAGCAGCGGCCGCAAUGUUACAGAGUGUAUUUUGCCGCGACAUGGCGGUGGUGGGGAGCAUGCUGUCGCACAGGGCAAUGCCGGUGAAGUACGAGGCAUUGAGCUGCUGAAGAAAGAGGAUGGCGGGAAGGGAUCCGAGGGCAUGCGGAUAUGAAUUCGUUGUCUGGUAGCAUCACUGUACAGCUGGGGGAAAAAUAUCUUAUGGAAGGGAAAUUUUGUUCUACUCUAUUGUUCUUAUACUCUUCUUGUUUACCUGUCUUUCGUCUUUCGAUCGUCGUCUUCAUCUUAGUAAUGGUCAGUAUGUUAUAUCAGAUGUUUGUACAGCUUAAUAUUGGGCUUCCAUCAAUAUCUACUCCCUUCUGACUGUAGCUGCUUGUUAAA